AUGACAAACUCAUUUGCGCAUGUUCUCGGGAAAGGAGGAUUUGGAACUGUCUAUAAAGGAAAGUUACUUGAUGGUAACCAGGAUGUUGCAGUGAAGAUCUUGAAGGAGUCAGAGGGGAAUGGAAAAGACUUCAUCAAUGAAGUAGCUAGCAUGAGUAGAACAUCUCAUGUUAAUAUUGUUUCUUUGCUUGGAUUCUGUUACGAAGGGAACAAGAGAGCUAUAAUCUACGAAUUCAUGCCAAAUGGAUCCCUCGACAAGUUUAUUUCUGAGAAUAUGUCAACAAAGAUGGACUGGGCAAAGUUAUAUGACAUUGCGUUAGGUAUCUCUCGCGGCCUAGAGUAUUUGCACAAUCGUUGUGUAUCAAGGAUUGUGCAUUUUGACAUAAAGCCGCAAAACAUACUCAUUGACCAAGAUCUUUGCCCUAAGAUUUCAGAUUUCGGUCUUGCUAAGCUCUGUAAAAAUAAAGAGAGCAUCAUGUCAAUGUUAGACGCGAGAGGAACGGCAGGAUACAUUGCCCCUGAAGUAUUUUCCAAGAAUUAUGGAGGUGUUUCGCAUAAGUCGGAUGUGUAUAGUUAUGGGAUGGUGGUUCUUGAGAUGAUUGGAGCAAGGACUAUAGAAAUAGUUGAACACUCUGGAUCCAACAAUAGUUCAAUGUACUUUCCAGAUUGGAUCUAUAAGGAUUUUGAACGGGGAGAAAACAUGAAGAUUUUCGGAAAUCAGCUAACCGAAGAAGAAGAGAAAAUCGCAAAGAAAAUGGUAUUGAUUGGUCUAUGGUGUAUUCAGACCAAUCCAUCUGAUCGUCCACCGAUGAUCAAAGUCAUUGAAAUGUUAGAGGGGAAACUGGAGGCUAUCCAAGUCCCACCUAAACCUGUCUGGUUUUUAUCCGCAGUAACGGUUCCAGAAACUCUUGAAGACAAUCACGAGACUUCGAGUUUCUCAAACCAAAGUCAGUUUGAGAGAGGAAACUCAGCUUGUGAAGCUACUUCAGAAGUGGUUCAACAGUCAAGAUAG